CAUUAACACCUUCCACUUCUCACUAUCAAAACUUUGGUCUGCAGUACAUUUUUUUUCCAUUGAAGAAGAGACAUCAAACUCCUUCGGCACGGCAAUUUUUUUUUCUUGGGAACCUUCGCUUAACUAGCAUGAACAAUUUUUUCUGGAAUUCAUGGGCUCGCUUCAUUCCUCGUUUUAAUCGAUCUUACAUAGCUCAAAACUGCCGUGGAUUCUCUCGGUUUGGGGGUGACUUACAACCAGAAUCAUGGAAAUCAAUGGAGGGUUUGGUUCGUUGCUCAGCAAAUUUUGCUCCUUUGACUCCGAUAACCUUUUUGGAGAGAUCAGCAAAGGUUUACAGAGAUAGAAUUUCUCUUGUGUAUGGUUCUUUGAAGUUCACAUGGAGUCAAACCCAUCGACGUUGCCUCAAACUUGCCUCUGCUCUGACCCAGUUAGGAAUUUCUCGUGGAGAUGUUGUUGCCAUCCUUGCACCUAAUGUUCCUGCAAUGUAUGAGCUGCAUUUUGCAGCUCCAAUGGCUGGGGCGGUUCUGUGCACGCUUAAUUCACGCCACAAUUCAACUAUGGUGUCCGUCUUACUUAGACAUUCCGAUGCAAAGAUUAUAUUUGUAGACUACCAGUUACUUCCGAUUGCUCAUGGAGCACUUGAUCUUCUUGUUAAGGCGCAAGCGAAACCGCCCAUAUUAGUCAUAGUUGCAGAAGCUGAUAUGUUGUCUCAGACAAACUCAACUGCAGAUGCUUAUGAGUAUGAGAGUCUCCUUGAAACAGGAGAUAGAGGAUUUGAAGUUAGACGACCGUGUAAUGAAUGGGAUCCUAUUAGUGUAAAUUAUACUUCUGGAACAACUUCACAACCUAAAGGGGUUGUUUAUAGUCACAGGGGAGCCUAUCUCAACGCCCUUGCGACGGUUUUUCUUCAUGGGAUGGGUGUGAUGCCUGUUUAUCUAUGGACUGUGCCUAUGUUUCACUGCAAUGGGUGGUGCCUCCCUUGGGGAGUGGCAGCUCAGGGUGGCACUAACAUAUGCCUCAGAAGAGUAGCUCCAAAGAGCAUAUUUGAGAGUAUAGCUUUGCAUAAUGUGACACACAUGGGAGGAGCACCAACUGUUCUUAACAUGAUUGUGAAUUCACCUGAGAGUGACCGGACACCCCUCCCUCACAAGGUGGAAAUUGCAACUGGCGGUUCACCUCCACCUCCGCAAAUCCUUUCGAAGAUGGAAGAGUUGGGUUUUAGUGUAACUCACUUGUAUGGCCUCACAGAAACUUAUGGUCCCGGAGUUUACUGUGCAUGGCAACCCGAAUGGAAUUGCCUGUCUCUAGACGAGCAAUCAAGGAUCAAAGCCCGACAAGGAGUGCAGCAUCUCGGUUUGGAGGACGUUGAUGUAAGAGAUUCGGUCUCCCUUGAAAGUGUCCCCGCUGAUGGUAAAACAAUGGGUGAAAUCAUGUUUAGAGGAAACACCGUAAUGAGUGGAUACCUUAAAGACUUGAAAGCAACAGAGGAAGCUUUUAGAGGCAGCUGGUUUCGAAGUGGGGAUCUUGCCGUGAAGCAUCCUGAUGGAUAUAUUGAAAUAAAGGAUCGGUUGAAAGAUAUUGUAAUUUCUGGUGGAGAGAAUAUAAGCACAGUUGAGGUAGAAACAAUUUUGUUUAGUCAUCCAGCCGUUCUUGAGGCUGCAGUUGUGGCUCGGCCAGAUAAUCACUGGGGACAAACACCUUGUGCAUUUGUAAAGUUAAAAGAGGGAUUCAAUGCUGAAGCUGAAGAAAUAAUCAAGUUCUGCUGGGAUCACUUGCCACAUUAUAUGGCUCCCCGAACAGUCAUUUUUGAAGAUCUGCCAAGAACUUCAACCGGAAAAGUGCAGAAGUUUAUACUGAGAGAAAAAGCAAAGGCUCUGGGUAGCCUUUCUUGACACUAAAACAUGGAAACAACAUGUCUGUCUGGAAUACAUUGACGUUUAUUCAAGUCAAGUUGCAGAAUGUAGGAAUUGACUAUCGAACCACAGUACCGAUGAUCUCCAAUCUUGAUCCCACUGGAAAACAUCAGUAUUCCAGGAUCCUGAUAGUGAGCAACUGGUUUUCCUCCCUGAUCAACCACCAUAACCCCAGCAUUUUUGGUGAAACGCAGCAAUCCCAUGUAUUUAUAAACAAUUCCUGCAAACUUUUGGAUGAAUGGAUGUUGAAACAUUAGAUCAAAUUGACUUGUAUAUUCCUGCA